AUGUCAACUGGUGUUAUAAAUGAUGCUUUCCAAGAUAAUUUGGUUUUUUUAGAAAAAUAUUCAAAUUCAAUAUUAGAUGAGAUUACUGAAUUACAUAUAAAUGAUGCUGAUGAUGAAAUUAACAAUUCAAUAAAUCAAUUAUCAAAUAAUGACCAAAUUAGAAGUCAAUUAUUAGUUAUUCAAUCAAGUUAUCAAGAUAUUUCCAAUAUUGUUUUGAAUUUAAAGAAAAAAUCAAGUAAUAUUAAUGCUCAAGGUUCUAAAGAUAUUGAUCUAAACAAUAAAAAUGUUAAAUUAGUUGAAAUUUUGAAAAUCUUGAAACCUUUCUCUCAGGGUUCAAUAUAUGAAAAAAUCAAAUCUCAAUUAGAUAUCAAUUCCAUUGAUACAUUAGCUAUAAAAGAAAUUGAAUUGAUCGGUAAAUUAGAGAAAACAAUCAUUUAUUAUGCAAUAAUUUCAUUAUAUCAACUUAUUUUAACUCAAUAUUUACAAAAUACAAUACCAUUAAAUGAUGAUUUAUUUUAUUAUGAUUUGAUAAUUAAUUCAAACUGGAAUGUUUUCUUAUAUUCAUUACAAACUUUACCAUCAAGAGGUUCAACUUUGGUGAAAUCAAUUUUAAAUGAUUUCAAAAAAACAACAACUCCAAAUAUAUCAAGUCUUGAUAUCCAAGUUCCAGAAUACCUGGUUUCAAAUUAUCCAAAUUAUAUCAAUUCUUAUAAAUUAUUUAUUCAUUAUAAAAAUAUUUUAACCAAUUCAAUUUAUAAUAAUUUUGUAUCACAAAACAUCAAAGGUUUUUAUAAAAUUUUAAAUCAAAAUAAAAAUGGGUUUAAUUUCCAAAAAUCAUCUCUAAGUAUCAAAAAUUAUUUCUCUAUAAUCUUGGGGACACCUAUAAAUUUGAUAACUCAAGAAUUAACAUUGAAAAAAUCAAAUUUAUUAUCAUUACAAUCUGAAAAUGCUAAAAAAUUAGGUUUUUUAAUUAAAAAUAUCCCAAAUAUGGAAAAAUUAAGUCAAAAUGAAAAUGAUCUUGGUGAAAAUAUUCAAUCUUUAGUUUCAGUUUUUCCAAAAAAUGUAAUUCAAAGUGAUUUGACCACCAAAUCAAAUGAUCAUUUUAUUAAUUUAUAUCAAAUCUCCAAUAAAAUCAUCCCUCAAUCCAAACAUUCAAUCCAACAAUUAAGAUCCUUAAAUUCUAAACCAUCAUUCAUAACAAGAUAUUGGCCAACAAUUUUACUUACAGGAGUUUAUGGACCAAGUACAAUCUUAUCAAUAAUCACCAAUAAAGAUCAAAUUUUGGAAUUUAUUCAAAAAAAUUUAAUCGAUACUGUGAAAGGAUUUUUAAAUAAUUGGAUCUUAAAACCUGUCAAGAAUAUCCUUUCAACAAUUCGUCAUGAUGAUAAUUCAGAAAUUUCAAUAAUGUCACAAAAAUCUCUUGAUUCAGAUUUAAAUUCUUUGAAAAGAAUGGUUAUUGAAUAUACUUUAGAAAAUUCACCUGAAUAUAAAAACUUAAAAUCUACAGAUUUAGAAAUACUUAAAACACAAUUGGAUCAAUUAGUUUCAAAUGGAGAUUUAACUCCAUUAAUGAAGGAUUAUGAAAAUGAUAUAAAACAACCUUUAAAAAAUUUAAUAAAGGGGAAAUUAACAAGAGCUUUAUUAAUUCAAAUUCAAAAAACAAAAGUUGAUGGAGCAGUUGCUAUUAGUGGUAUUGAUAAAUUAUUAAAAUCUCAAGAAUUAGUAUUUGGUAUCGUUGCAGCAUCACCAAGUUUAAUUAUAUUGAUUUAUUUUAUUAAAGGUUUAAAUUCUUAUUUACAAAAAGGUUAUAUUACAAGAAAUUCAAAUGAAUAUAAAUUAAUUGUUUCUAAGAAUUUAAAUAAUAUUGAAAGGUUAUUAAACAAGGAAUUUGAUAAUAAUAAUCAAGAAGAAUUAAACUAUAUUAAUGGUAUGUUAUUAUUAGAAAUUAUUUCUUUAAGAAAUUCAGGAAUUUCAAUUAUACCAAAAAAUAGAAGAUUUGAAUGGAUUAGAGAUGUUAAUGAUUUAAAUAAUCAAAAUUCUUCAAUUUUAGUUAAAUUGAACACUAUUCAAAGAAUUCAUAAUAUUUAUAAUCAAUUUAUUAACUAA